AGAAAAUCCUGGGUUAACAAAGCUCCCCGAUUAAACCGAUAUCUAGCUUCUUGACACCGGCUAUCCAACCCCGUCUCCGCCGCGUCGACAGCCCUUUGUGUUGUGGGGCCUCUCGUUACAUGCUGCUGCGUCGAUUCAACUCGGGUUUGUUUGAUUUCUCCACCGCGGAUCAGGAUUUGAUCACUAAAUCCAGCACUGAAACAUCUCGGAUAACUGCGCGCUCCCGCUUCGCUAUACAGGGGAUACCAAUCGCACGUCGAAACCCGGAUCGCAGGUCAUGAACAUGAGCAUAAUCGGAGUUCCAGAUUUCCAUAUGAUGAAAAAACACGAGAGGGCACAUUUCUUCAGCUCCAAGGAGCAGGAGCUUAUUUUGAAGUUGUAUGAAGAAGAGAGGGCGAUACUGACAGCUAAAUCCAACACCACCAGUGCCUCCAAACUGAGAGAGGAGGCCUGGCAGAGGAUUGCUGAUAAAAUAAAUGUGGUGUCGGACAGUGGCUACAAAAGGACAUGGCAGCAAGUCAAGAUCAAACACAAAAACAUUGUACAAUCAGCAAAAAGAAGAAGGGUCGAGAUGAUGCGGAAUCAUCACGAGGAUUCAGCGACCCUGUCACUGACCUCUGCUGAGGAUGAUAUGCUGCAGCACAAAGACAAUAGACUGAGAGUUGAGGUCUUCCCUGGGGCUGCCUGUCUUGACCCACUGACUGGAUCUGACAGCUCUUUUAUAAGCGUGUCAGGCCAUCCUAUGCUCUUAAUGCCUGUUGCAAAGACGGAACCAGAGAGCUUGAGCAGUGAUGAGACUGACAACAGCGAUGCACAUUUUGAAGAGGACUUGCACAGUAGCAGCUUCCAGGAAAGGUCCAACUCAGCAUGUGCUACAAGGGGUGGCCGAGAUGCAGAGAGGCAGACAGAAGACAUAAGGGCCCUUUACUGCAGCUACCUCAAAAAAGAGAUGGAGAACCGUGACCAACAGAUGGCAUACAGAGCACUUAAAAUGAGGAAGUUGGAAAAAGAAAUAUUAUUACUUGAUAAGCAGCUAGGGUGACAUUGUGAAGAAAUGCAAGUGGUUUUAUCAUAUUAUUAUAAUAUUGGCUGGGACAUUAAUAAUAAAUUGCUUCAGUGUCAUACCAUAUCAUACAGAGUUAAGACUUUGGGCAGCAAUAUCAAUAUUUCUGACAACUCAUAAAAUUGGUUGGUGAAGUUUGGACCAUGACAGAUCCUUCCUCAUUGUUGAAAUAUUGCACUUGUAAGUGUACACAUACAGCAAAAGUCAAACAAUCAAUCACAUUUUAUUUGUAUAGCCAAUAUUCACAAAUCACAAUUUUGUCUCAUAGGACUUGAACAAGGUGGGACAUCCUCUGCCCUUAACCCUCAACAAGAGUAAGGAAAAACUACUUAAAAAACAACAACCUUUUAACUGGGUAAAAAGAACGUAAAAACCUCAGAGAGAGCCACAUGUGAGGGAUCCCUCUCCCAGGACGGGCAGAAGUGCAAUAGAUGCCACGUGUAAUGGAGAACAUUAGAAUAAAUAAAGAGUUUUUGCAGCAUUGAUUAGAAUAAACACUUUGUAUUUGUAGGGGCGGUGCCAAAGUGUCCUUGGCAAGAUACUGAACCCCUAAAUGGCCCCUCAUGAAUGUGUACUAAUUAUGUCGCUAUUAAGUCGCUUUGGGCAAAAGUGUCAGCUAAAUGACAUGUAAUGUAAUCAUACUUGAAGGUCAAUGAAUUGAUGGAUUAUUGUCAGGUAUCUAUUGUUAUCCUCAGACUGUGGCUGUAUUGAAAUGUUUUCUUUAACUGCCCAAAGAUAAUUUCAUGCCAGAAUUGUUUAUCUAAAUGUUGGCACAUAGUGGUCAAGAGGCCCACUGAGGCUUCAGGGUCAAAACUGAAGACUUCUAAAUGGAGCCGCUGCAUAACUCUGUUGCCCCAGAAGACUCAUCAUUAUAAGCUAAAGAGCACUGACACACUUUUGGUUAUGUUGUCUCAGCUCUUCAGCAGACUGGACUUGAAACAGCUGAAUAAACCAAUGAAUGGCUUGAUUUGAUUACAACAGUAUACACACGCAUGACACAUCCAUACAAAUAAACCUGAGGUGAGGUUCUGAUUA